CAGGUCUCAGGCCCUGGAACGAGCUGGGUGCGUGGUGCCGGGGGAGGGGCGGAAGCAUCGCAUCAUCUAACAGGUUGGUCGGGCUGGGAGGCGUCCCGCCCUCCCGGAGCUAAUGAGCACUGUAGGACAGGUGUUUGCUCCUCAGUCCCCAGCCUGCCCUGCCUGCGACCAGAGCCAGCUGCCCGCCACCCCUCAAAGGCUCACUCACACCCCCGUGCCCUCCCGAGUCCCGGGCCCGGGGGCCGCGAUGGCCUGCCGCUCCUGCGUCGUUGGCUUCAGCAGCCUUAGCAGCUGUGAGGUGACCCCUGCGGGCGGCCCCCGGCCUGGGACCUCGGGAUGGGGCAACUGUGGAACCCCCGGGCCAGACUUCAGCUCCCGCAGCCUCACGGGCUGUGGGCCGGCCGGCACCAUCCCCAAGGUAACCGUGAACUCCAACCUGCUGGUGCCCCUGGACCUCAAAGUGGACCCAGCCAUCCAGCAGCAGAAGAACCAAGAGAAGGAGGAGAUGAAGGUCCUCAAUGAUAAAUUUGCCUCCCUGAUUGGCAAGGUGCAGGCCCUGGAGAGGCGCAACCAGCUGCUGGAGACCCGCUGGCACUUCCUGCAGGGCCAGGACUCCGCCACCUUCGACCUCGGGCACCUCUAUGAGGAGUACCAGGGCCGGCUGCAAGACGAAGUGCGCAAAGUGAGCCAGGAGCGGGCCCAGCUGGAGGCCAACCUGCUGCAGGUGCUGGAGAAAGUCGAGGAGUUUCGAAUCAGGUAUGAGGACGAGAUCUCCAAGCGCACAGACAUGGAGUUCACCUUCGUCCAGCUGAAGAAGGACCUGGAUGCGGAGUGUCUCCGGCGGACCGAACUGGAGACCAAAUUAAAAGGCUUGCAGAGCUUCGUGGAGCUGAUGAGAAACAUCUACGAGCAGGAGCUGAAGGACCUGACAGCCCAAGUGAAGGACGUGUCAGUGACCGUGGGCAUGGACAGCCGCUGCCACAUUGACCUGAGCGGCAUCGUGGAGGAGGUGAAGGUCCAGUAUGAUGCCAUCGCGGCCCGCAGCCUGGAGGAAGCCGAGGCGUACUCCCGGAGACAGCUGGAGGAACGAGCCGCCUGCUCAGCUGAGUUUGGGAACAGCCUCCAGAGCAGCCGCGGCGAGAUCGCUGACCUCAACGUGCGCAUCCAGAAGCUUCGAUCCCAGAUCCUCUCCACCAAGAGCCAUUGCCUGAAACUGGAGGAGAACAUCAAAGCGGCCGAGGAGCAGGGGGAGCUGGCCUUCCAGGAUGCCAAAGCCAAACUGGCCGAGCUGGAGGCCGCCUUGCACCAGGCCAAGAAGGACAUGGCCCGGCAGCUGCGGGAGUACCAGGAGCUCAUGAACACCAAGCUGGCCCUGGACAUCGAGAUCGCCACCUACCGCAAGCUGGUGGAGGGCGAAGAGUGCAGGAUGGACUUGCCUUCUACUGCCGUGGUCAGCGUUGUGCAGUCCAGAUCCAGAACCGCUGCCUCCAAGUCUGGCCUUUCAAGAGCCCCCUCCCGGAUAAAGAAGAACAGAAAAGGCCCUGUGAUCCAAAUCACCGAAAUGUCUGAGAAGUUCCUCUCGCAGGAGUCAGAGGCCUCAGAGUAAGGCAGCUGGACCCCAGGAGCCCAAGUCACCCCCCUGCAGCAGGAGGGACUUAAGCUAGACUCAAGAAAGCAGCUUGGAGCCUCUAGGUUGGGAGCGGAGGCAAACCUGACUCUGAAUGAGAUGGAGAAGGGUUCACAGCAGGGCCUGCUUUUUUGUGGGCUGCCUGGGGUGGCACAGGACUGUCGCCAGCUCUUGGGAAUCACUCCACUCCAUCUCGGUAUUCCAGUCCCACCCUUCCAACCUCCUGGCCGGAGGUUUUCCCAACUAGGUAAACUGGUAUCAGGGGUCAGUUUUAUCACCACGUCCUUGCUCUCCUGAGGCUCCUCCCCAAACAGAGGGCUCUGACCGAGGAAUCUUUGGCCCUUUCGCCCAACCCUUGCCCUAAACUCGCAUCUCAAGCCUUGCCUUGCCUCUGCCCCAAGACUGAGGUGGGUGCCCUCACUCACCCAGCCCCAGCCAGCCAUGAAUCAGGGGCUGGUGAGGACUGUUUGGGCACCCUCCCCACAUCUGGCGUUCCUGGGUGCUGAGCACCCCCGGGCCCCCCAGAGACCUGACAGUAUUAGGGAGUGAAAGGAGGAAGUUCCCCAGGUGUGUGGGCCCUGAGCCCGGGGGUCAGCCCAGACACCUGUGCCUCUUCCCUCCUCCUGUGGGUCCAGUCAGAACUGGACAGGCUGCCCAGCCAGCUCCCGGCUCCUUCUCCAGAAGCUAUUCUUGCCAUGAUAAACCCCCCGCGAGAGGGAAGUCCGAUGGCAGCCUGGGACCAAGCAGGAGAAUGUGGCCCUCCCCUCUCCUCCCUGCCAUCCUGCGGUUCACCACUCUGCCCAGGCUCCAAGCUCUCUGCACCCCCAUCUCCCGCCUAAGUGUUUCCAAGCCUGGAACUUGGCCCUGGUGUGCCAGGCCCUGGAGACCCCUAGGCCCACCCCUAUCAUGAAACCCUGGGCCAUUUCCCAUGAAUCCCACCUCUCGGGGUCUCUGUUCUCUCCAUCAGGCCGAUCAGAUUGACCCUUCCCUCCUUUGUAUCACUGAGGGGCCCAGGAACACCCCCGCACCUGUGGGGUGAGAGCCCCCUCCUCCCACCACGCCCACUCCCCUGCCUACAGUGGGGCCAUGAAGAAGGCACAGUCCAGGCAGGUCUGGGAGCUUCUGAGCCCUUCAGAUUGGGCGGGGGAGCCCCAGUGACAACCAAAAGGAAUUCCGCGUCCAAAGAGAAGAUCAGGGCUGGGAAGAGCGUUCUCUUUCCUCAUCUUGGUUCUCACCUCUGGGGCUCACAGGGGGAUCCUGGCAGCUCCAGCCCCCCGGGUCCACAAGCCACCCUCUGUCCUUCCCUCCCUUCUCCCUACCUGCCCUUGCCUCUCUCCACUGCUAGCCUCAGUCUUCCUUUCCUUCAUCUCAAUUUCCAGGACAUGGUCCCCCAAGGCCCCUGCGAGGCCUCAAGGUCCUCCAGCCUGUGGGGGGCGCUGGAGGGCCACUGACUCUCAGGCUGGAGGAAACUCAGACAUAGACUCAUCCCUGAAGUCCCCAAAGGGUGCUGAUUGCUGCUCUUUCUCUGCCUAUUUAUUGGUUUCCAAGGGAGCAAGUCUUCAGUGGGGAUGCAAGGUAUAUAAAGUAUAUAUAUUAUUUUUCAUAACUUAUGUGGCUUUUAACUUAUUGCUUCCCUUCCUGUUUCUGCAUAGUCAGUGCUAUAUUUACUAUCUGGAUAAACAACACAUAUCCCAGCCACCCCAGCUGGCUGGCAGACUAUCUCGGGGCAGUGCCCCCUUCUCCCUCCAGGGGAUGAAUAAAAUGCUGAGAUUUGUCCGUGGAAAAA